AUGUCGGUACAGAAGAAGGCUAGUGACGCCGCGGGUGUGGAGCUGGUCUCAGGCAGCAUCAGCCUCCCAUCGGCUGAGGAGAACACGCUGGAUGAGCCGGUGUCCACCACCAUCGUAAGCUGUCGUUUUCCUUUUGCCUUGGUUUCCUUUUCCCAAUUUCCAACUCGUUCUGCCUUUCCGACGCGUGUCGAGCAGCUCCGCGAUCUGCGACUGGUAGGCGGCAAGCUGCGUGUGGUUCUUAUGCCUAGUAACACGUCGGAGGAGACACUCCACGCGCUGCGGGACUGGGACCUCUGGGGGCCGCUUUUACUGUGCCUGACGCUUUCCAUCAUGUUGAGUGUGACGGCCCCUGCAGCACAGUCAGCUAUGGUGUUUACAGGAGUGUUUGUCGUGAUCUGGGUGGGCGCCGCCAUCGUCACUAUUAACGCGCAGCUGCUGGGCAGCUCCAUAUCUUUCUUUCAAAGUGUGUGCGUGUUGGGAUACUGCGUGUUCCCGCUGAAUAUCGCAACCUUGGUGUGCAUGCUGGCCAAAGUGGUGGUCUCACACAUCUUGCUGCGAAUGGUCAUCGUUGGUGUGGGCUUCCUCUGGUCGACUCGAGCCUCGGUCGUGUUCAUGUCCACGUUGGUGCCACCGAAGCGUAAGGCGCUGACGGUGUACCCAGUUCUGCUCUUCUACUUGUUCAUCAGUUGGAUGGUGCUCAUUCAAUAAACCAACAGUCGCUCGUUGUGAGUGUUGUUGAUUUUUUUAUUAUU